AUGGCGAAUGUUCGUCCACAUGAGCCAUUGAAACUGUACAUUGCAGCAUCUACAAACACAAUUGGGUGUAUGCUAGCCCAAGAUGAUGAGAACGGGCAUGAACGGGCAAUUUAUUACCUUUGUCGCGUUUUGACUGAUAUUGAAGCAAGGUAUUCCCCAAUAGAAAGAUUGUGUUUAUCCCUAUACUAUGUGUGCAAGAAAUUAAAGUGUUACAUGGUAGCUAAAUCAGUGAAAGUUGUGGCACAAAUCGACCUUGUCAAAUAUAUGUUGAGUUUUCCAAUGUUACGAGGUCGUUUAGGAAAAUGGAUGCUAGCUUUGACGGAAUUUAAUUUGCAAUAUGUCCUAGCAAAAGCUGUGAAAGGUCAGGUCAUUGCAGAUUUCUUAGUUGAUAAUUCGAAUAAUCUGAAUGACCAGGGGGCAAAUGUACUCGACAUUAAAGUCGAUUAUUGGAAGUUAUAUUUUGAUGGAUCAAAACACAAGGAUGGUGCAGGGGUAGGAAUUCUCAUUAUCUCGCCAGAAGGAAUUCCAUUAGAAUUCCUGUUUGAGCUAAAAUAUCCUUGCUCAAAUAAUAUGGCAGAGUAUGAAGCUUUAAUUUUGGGCCUUGAAAUCUUGAUCGGAAAAGGGGCUUUGGAAGUCCAAAUCCUAGGGGAUUCUCAGUUAGUCUUGAAAUAG